AUGUCGACGGGAGAGUUGAAGGAGGCGGAAAACACCCUAGUACGCCUGGCGCAGAAAGAGAUUUUCGUGGCAGAGUGGAAGGCGUUGUCCAAAGGGGAGGCAGUUGCGAGAGGAUCGGCGUUGCGGUGGUUCAAUCCAUUCAUAUCGACGGAUCAACUAAUUCGGCUUGGCGGCCGUUUGAAGCAUUCCAUGGAAACGGAAGAAACCAAGCAUCCGGUUGUACUGCCAGCACGGCAUCUAUUCACUCACAUGCUGCUACGACACUACCACGAGCGACUGCUACACGCUGGACUACAACUACUGUUGAGUGUUGUAAGACUUCGCUUCUGGCCAUUAGGAGGAAGGAGUGUGGUGAAGAACAUAAUCCACAGAUGUCAGACGUGCUUCCGCUCGAAACCAUCGUCAGUCCAACAACAGAUGGGGGAUCUACCAUCGUCACGAGUCACGGCACUGAGACGUUUUAUCGCCAGGCGAGGGCGGUGUACCGAUAUUUUCUCCGACAAUGGCACCAACUUUGUCGGUGCACGGAAUAAGUUGCAGGACUUCCUCAAGUUGCUCAAGAACAAUGAACACCGUGAAGUUGUCACCAGGGAAUUAGCCAAGGAAGGAAUACAGUGGCACUUCAACCCUCCGAGCGCGCCACACUUCGGUGGCCUAUGGGAGGCUGCAGUUCGGUCGGGUAAAACCCAUUUACUGAAAGUCGUAGGAGAAGCACCAGUAUCCCCGGAAGACAUGAGUACACUGCUCACACAAGUCGAAGCAUGUCUCAACUCUCGCCCUCUGACCCCCCUCUCCGAUGAUCCUAACGAUGUCCAGCCAUUAACGCCCGCUCAUUUUCUGGUCGGAGAAUCAUUACAAGCGUUUCCAGAGCCAGACUUCACGGAUGUCCCUUUCAAUCGUCUCAACCAAUGGCAGAUGACCCAGCGAAGGCUGCAGGAUUUCUGGAAACGCUGGCGAAGAGAAUAUUUGUGCCAGCUUCAAGGUCGAGUGAAACGGUGGAAACCAGCUUUUCCCAUCGACAUCGGAACGCUAGUGAUCAUCAAGGAUGAUAACCAACCUCCCAUGCACUGGAAGAUGGGACGAAUUGUCAAGGUACACCCUGGUGAAGACGGAACUGUGAGAGUGGUCACCUUGAAAACCGCAACAGGACUGCUGAUUCGUCCAGUAGAGAAAAUUUGUAUCUUACCAGUCCAGGACGAUAACGAAAGCACGGAGCCAGACGAAACAUCAAUCCAGAUCGAAUGA